AUGAUCAACGCCGACGGGACGGGCCCGGCGGACGCGGCGACGGCGUACGAGCGCGCGCUCACCUAUCCGAUCGCUUAUUUCUGGAAAACGUGCGGCGUGUUUUUGGUGGACAUGUCGUACAACCCGUUCGAAAAGUGGUUCUCGGCCGCGGUGUUCGCGUCCGGCCUGCUCAACGUCGUCAUCGCGCCCUGGAGCGUGUGCAUGCUGGACGGCUGGUGCACCGACACCGCGGCCACCACCACGUACCGGCGGCUGUACACCAGGAUGAUGGCGUGUACCAGUCUGGUGUCCCGGGCGGCGGUGGUGUACAAGGCUCGCCGGUACCUGGUCGAGUACAAGCGACGCGAGAACGCGUACGACAACGAAUGGCCGCCGUCCGAAAAGGACAGGCGUCUGUGCCGGGCGUACGCGUCGACGGUGGUGUCGGUGUGUCUGGCCCUCAUGGUGCCCGUUAAUCUGAUGCGGCUGUUCCUGCUGUACAAGUCCAUUGGCGACGAGUCCGGCAGCGACCUAGUCAUGCUGCUGUUCUUCUUCAACGUGUACUUGCAAAACUGGAGCAUGUGUUGCAUGGAGACGCAUUUCGCGCUGUUGUGCUUCACGGUUUACACCAAGUUCCGGUCCAUAAACAGCCAGCUGUCGGUCAUCCGGUGGGACGUGAUGGCCGACAACAGGUAUCCCGUGGCCCUCAGGUCGCGCGUGCGGCCGACGGCGCCGAACGCCGUCGACCACGUGGCCGAGGCAGGUAGGUCGGCGAACGGUGACCGGAAUACACCGCGGACGAGCACCAGCACCGUCGUUCGAUCCGUGCUUGAGGAUCCGCACGGCCGUCCACUCGAGAUCGCUGUCGAAGUGCUCCGGGUUAGGCACGCGUUGGCGCGCGAUUCGGUUGGCCAGCUGAACAGCAUGUUCGGCGUUCAACUGGUGCUGUCGCUCAUCACUCUGUGCGUAAUGAUCCUGUUCGACAUCUACAACGAAGCGUUCCACGUGAGCGGAUCGGUGUCCCGAUCCAAAUUCAUCUACUGCUGGUUGCUCCAAUACUUGUUCAGGUUCUUCGUGAUCGUCAUCACGGCGCACAACACGACUCAAGAAGUAAGCGGCACAAUAAUAACGCGUAGUUAUUUAACGUCAAAGUAUAGGCGUAACAGGACAUGACAGAAUUUGUCCAGUUCUUUUACGUGAAAAAAAAAAAUAACCAAACGUAAAUAGUUUUCUUGGACCGUUCCGGAAAAUUAAACUGGAAUCUAAUACUGUAUUCUUGCGUAAUAAUUAAUAUAGUCGGGCAAUUUUUUUUCAGGGUUAUAGAACUAAAAUGCUCGUAACGGAUAUAAACAACCGACAUUUGAACAGAAAUACGAAAUAUGAGGUUUGUUGUUUUUUAUUUUUUUUUUUUUUUAUAUAUAUAUUAUCAGUUUAUCCGCUUAAUCGGUUAAAAUAUAUUUGGUUUCGUUCGAUUUUUUUUUUCUAGUUACAGUUGUUUUUAAAUCAAAUGGAUCAUCAGUCAAUCGACAUAACUGCGUGCGAAUGUUUCACUUUAAACAAUCACCUUGUCGCUUCGGUGAGUUUAUGAUCACGAUUCCUUAUAUUUUUUUAUUAGACACCGAAUAAAAUUAUUAUUCUUCUUUCUCUCUUUCUUCUUCUUGGUGUGGGUUUCGGCCUUUUAGAAAAUAUUUGGGAAAAUUAAUUUGAAUAGAGAAUGCAUUUCCAUUUACCGUUCUUUAUUAAUACACAUUCAUGUUCAAGACACAUAUGUAAAAUAAUUAAAUAAAUAAACAUAUCAAAUUUAAUUUUUAUUUUAUCAUAUUUCAAAAUGUUCAAAACAGCCAUUGUGUAAAAGAUAUGAUUCUUAAAGUUUAAAUGUAACAAAUAUUCGUAUUCGAUCGAUAGUUUUUUUAGUAAUAACCGUUUUAAUUUCUAGAAAAUGGGGGUUGUCAAAAAAAAAAAAUGUUUGAUUAAAUCCAUGAAUCUUAUUGUAAUGAACACGGUAAAAAUCAGAGAUAAAAUACAUUUUUCAUUCCGACUUUGUAAUUCUUCACAAAUUGAGUUUAAAAAUCAAUACAUUGAAAAGUAUUCAACAUACCCGGUUUCUGGUUUAGUGGGUUACCACGACUGUGAAAUCACGCAUCAUCAUGUAUCUUAGAUUUAUAUCGUUAUUAACACGACUUUAUCAGUAUGUUAACCUUAAUAUACAUGAAGUUUGGUAAGACACUGAUCUUUUUUUUAAACUGGUUAAAUUUUUUAAAAAAAAUUCAUAAAAUAACGGGGGAAAAAAAAUCUAUUUUUCAACCAGACAAAACUAUAGAAUUAGGAAAAAAGGCAUUUUAAAAGUGUUGUCAACCCCCAUUGGCGUGAAAGCGAUUAAUGUUCAACAUUAUGCGAUCGGGAAUCACAAUCGGCUACAAAAUGGCAAUUUUGAAAAUCUUAAAAACUUGACAAAUACAAAGUUUUGAGACGGACAGACAGCACAUACGUGGAUAGCGCGUCCUCUUAAGUGUGUAUAAAUAUUAUAUUGUAAAUCGUGCGCUAAUAUAAUAAAAUAAUAUUAUUAUUUUUGUAGGCUAUCGCAGUGGGCAUCACGUACCUAUUUGUUUUGGUACAAUUUCAAGCGGUGAUAGUUUAGUUUAAACCUGUUGACACGGACAUCACGCGUUGCAGGGAAACCGAAAGAGAAAAGUGAAGACGGAUAUAUUUUACCGAACAAGAUGACUUACAUAAUUCCGCGCGUAUAACCGCGUACAUCCUGUAGAUUUUAUACGCAUAAUGUAUAUACAUACCUAUACAGGGUGUCCCGCAGAGUUAUCCGAACGCUAAUAACUAUGUUAAUAUAAUUUUUUUUUUUUUUUUUUUCUGUCAAUCGAGUUUUGCGUCAGAAACGUCUUACAAGUUCAAAGGAAAAUUACAUUUCUGUUUUCGUCUCUUAAUAACUAGAAAAAAAAAAAACACUUUAAUUUUUCUCUACAUGUGUGCCCUCUUGGCACGAAAACCCGAUUGAAAAAAAAAAAAAAUUAACAUUGACAGAGUUAUUAUGGCACACGAGUAACACUGUGUAAGACACGCUGUAUACAGACUUCCGGCUGUUUCAAACUGUAUUGAACCUGAUUCCGUCUUACUGCUGCUGACCAUUGUACCAUAUUGUCGUGUAAAUGUAUCUACAAUCGCUGUACUUUUUUGGCCAAGCUCGUAUUCAAUAAAUACAUAAACAUACGUAAUAAGAUAUGCAUAAGUGUAAUGUAGAACAACGCGUAAUUUAAUUGUACUACAGCGCCGCGCUAUAAAAAAAAAAAAAAAAAAAAACAAUAACAAUAACAAUAAAGUGCACCGAAACUAAACAGCGAGCGUAAACAAUGCGUAAUACGUUUUGUUGUUAUUGUACCUCUGCCGACCAAUUAUUGUAUCUGCUAAAAAAAUCACAUUGUUAAAAAUUGUUUCAACCACGAAACAAUAUCGUUCGAGCAUAAAAGCCCAAGAGUCGCGUUACUAAAAACCUAAAGUCCCGUCGGACGAGCCGUCGAUAAACGAUAAGGAAAAAAAAAAAAACCAAAACAUUGUUGUUUUUUUUUAUUAUUUUUUUGUAUAGUUACAAUAUCACGUCGUAUAUUGUACCAAAAUAGUUAUGAGGUCGGUGAGUGGCCGGAGCACGUUGGUUCCGUUCCGUAAACUGGUGUGUUUGUGCAUCUUAGCUGCGCUAUUGGUGACGUGCGUGUUCAACUUCAUCAUGGCGCCGUCCGUCUUGUGCCUGAUGGACGGGGGUUGUUUGAAGACGCCGGUCACGUCGGUGCAGGACAUGUACCCCAAAGUCGUGGCGUUUUCCUGUUUCGUAUCGUUUUCCGUGUUGUCGCGCAAACACCGGAAAACCGUGGCCGUGUACAACCAGAACGUCGAGGCGUGCCGCUCAUACUCACGCCGGCGCAAUUGCGGCAAGCCGGAUCUCCGCGAUCGCGCGCUGUUCAGUUGCUGUGCCGUGGUCGCGUGCCUGGCGCUCAUACUGUCCACCCAUCUGGUGAGACUGACGAUAUUGUACAAACAACACGCGAUCCCGGUGGUCCUGACGUUUUUCGCGUUCAUGUACGCGGAAAACAUCGGCAUGUACUUGACCGAGGCGUACUUCGUGAAACUGUGCUUCGUGUUGGAAAAGGAGUUUUUGUACGUCAACCGGGACCUGGCGAAACUCGGCGAAGAGUUCGCGGCAAUCGACCCGAUGACCGCCACGAUGAUCGCGACGACGGCCGGUGUCUUCGGGACCGACUUCGAAUCCGCGGCCGGACGUCUGCCAGACCGCCGGACGGUGACAUACGACGGGGAUUUUUACGGGUCCCGUAGCGGCAGCAGCAGGGAACACUUGCCGCCGUCGGUCGCGAACGUCGUGGAAAUAAUCCGGAUCAGACACCGGUUGAUUAGGGACGCGUUUUCCGCCCUGACGGACCUGUACAGCACCCCGAUGGCCAUGUCGCUGCUCGUGCUGUGCUUCAUGCUGUUGUUCGACAUCUACUAUCAAGUGUACAACGUCAUGGGCGCCAAUUCGAGGCCGAUGAUAUUAGUUUACUUGUGGCUGGUUCAGUAUUCGGUCAGGUUUUACAUUAUCGUGGUGGCGGCGCACAACACGACCGCAGAGGUACGGAUCGCGGGUUUCUUCAUUUUAACUUUCGUACUUGAAACGUAACGUAACGUGUUAUGACGCUCCGGCAAAAAACGGGACUUUUGAUGUCCGCAUAAUAUUUUCAUAUUUAGCGGUAUUUCAGCUCCGGGACGUGGCGAGGGAUCUAUUGGUUUUAUCAUAUAGGACGCGUGUUUUUAUUUCUGUUUGUAAAUAACUUUUCGAAAUGAAAACUCGCUCCGAUACGAUUCAAGUGUCACUUGUUCCGAAUGGAAAUUUUAUCUAGUCGACGCGGUAGACGGGGUAAUUUUUUUUUUUUUUUUUGAUUUUCCAAUGGGUUUUAAAAAUGAACGCAUUGCCGAUUUCAUUGUUUUUAAAUGUUUAUUUUAAUAUUGCUUUAAUCGGAAAAUUCGUCUGUUCGUUUUUCAUUGUAUUUUUGAUCGAGUUGGUGGGUAAGAAAGUCGUUUAUUGAUUUCCCUUGUAUUUCCCGAGCGAAUCCGUAGAAGGAACGGGAAAAUGUACGAAAAAUAUUCAUGGACACUUAAAAUAUGGACCAGACAGAUUAUAUUUGCCUUUUCUAGACGUAGUACAAUGUUUAAAAUAUGUGAUUUUCGAGCUAUUUCCGAGGAUUUUUUUUUAGUUUUACUUUUAGUACUCUAUUGACAUACGCAUACAAUUAUUUCACCAAACGUGCUUGAUGGUUUAUCGCAGGGUUCAUUACAUUACAAGUCGUAAUUAGUGGUUGGGCGUAAUGCAAUAUAGUCGUUUUAUUUUUUACAAUAAAAGGCUUGCGAUUGGCCCCGGCAACAACUAAUAGUGACGCGAAUUUACUAGACUUCAAUCUGUACUGAAAUAAAAUAUUGAAUAUUGUGAUGGUCGCCAGUUGGUAUUUUAUAAUGUUACAAUAUCGUGAUUUUAGGUAUUUCUAUUCUGUAAAUUGAAUUGUGCACAAACGUUAUCUAUUGUUAUUCUAUAUAUUUAUCCUUUAUUUUAUCUAUAUUAUUUUUUAACGGGAAUUUCGUGUGCUGAGCACAUUAGUUUCUUCGGUAUUGUUUAAUACUAUCAUUAUUCAAUAUGUAUUUAUUAUUUAUAGUGUUCGAUAAGCGUGCACCGCGAGUUAAGUACUUACACCGGCAAUCGUUUUUACGUAUUCAUAAUACAGGGUUAUUUUGACAGACAACUAUUAAAUAUUUCAUACUCGACCAUGUGUAAAACCAAGUACCCUAACUUAUUUCGCAACCGUAAAAACGUGUUGCGAAUUGUCGCAAAUUAAUUGCAAAAUAAUGGUACUUAUUUUAAACUGACCGGACAAUGUCGGGGUGCCAACCUCACGGACAUCAUAUCGCGUGGUUAUUAGAACUCAACGCCGAUGCGGUUCGUAACGAUCUACCGUGCUAACCACGGUAGGCAUUUAUCGUCGGAUUAAACGAUAAUAAUAUUUCGAAUUGUCGUACUCUACAACACAUAAAAUUUCAAAAAAAAAAAAAAAUGAUUAUAACACAUUAUUAUAUCGGCUACGGCGUAUUUUACUGAAAUUGUCCGUACAAGUUUUAAUAAUAUUCGCGUAAGCAAUACAAUACACGUACCUUGGUUUGUAAGAUUACGUUCAUUCAUCAUACUAAAGAUAACGUUUAUUUUUUCCUUCACGCCGUUUCACAGAUCCGACCGCUUUAGUUACACUGUCGGUGUUUGUCGGUAAACUCGACACGUUGACGGCAAACGGACAUAAAGUACAGGCCAUAAGGUAUACAAAAAAUUAGGUUCAAAAAGAAAUUCAGGUAUUUCUUUUAUUCAUAAAUUACGUACCUGCGGAUAUUUCGGCCGAAUAUUAUUUUUGAUUUAAGAAAUUCAACAGGAGGUUCAUUACACAAUAGUUGCACUUAUUAGUGGUAAAAUAAAAAAAAUUAGAGUACAAUAUAUUAAUUUCUUUUUUUUUUUAUAAGACAUUAAUUGUCGACUUAGUUGUUCUAAGAUCCGAUUUUUAUGAAAAUCGCAGAUAUUACGGCCUUUCAAAUAUAACUAACUACGCCCAGAACCGUUUUUCGCAGUAUCGGCUAAUUUUUUUUUUUUUUUUUGCUCUUUGAGGUGUUCUUAGAUUUUUUACAUUUCAUUAAAAAAUAACAUUUAUCAAAUUACAAUUGAUUUUGAAUGAAAAAACGCAUAAUAUAAUAUUAGAGGGUACGAUACGGUAGGAAAGAAACCCACGGGACGUCCUCGGAACUCUUAUAAUAUAUGGGGCAAAUUAAAUGCGACGCAAGAGUCAAAACCUUUAAGAAACACAAAGAAAAGGCGAGCAAUCGGUCGGAAUGGAGAAUUAUUGGGGUUAUAAACCGACCUUCGGGUCGAAGUAAAAUGGUUGUUAUUUCGAACAGUCCCGGCAACCGAAAUGUCCCCGUCGCAAAACGAAUCUCGAAAGCGGGCAAAAAUCUCGAGGGCCCGUACACCGGGCAAAUAAACCGACCGACCCGGGUGAUCGGAAUCCGAUAAUUGUUCGGUUGCGCAGGCGAGCUCAUUUCGCCGCACGGCUUUUUGUUACAGGCGCUCAAAACGAAGAUUCUCGUAACCGACAUGAACAAUCGUUAUUUGGAAACGCAUGCCAAAGAAGAGGUACCAAUGACCGCGCAUAUUCUUAUUUAAAAAAAAAAACACGUUUACGUAGUCGCAUAAUAUCUACUCGAGCGUUUCGCGCGUAAACGUUAUUGAUUUAAAUACGGUUUUUUUUUUUUCUCUAACCAUUGUCAUUGUCAUAUUUACAGUUGCAAUUGUUUUUCAAUCAAAUUUGCAGCUGUCCGAUCGAAUUUACCGCUUGCGAUUUUUUCACGUUGAACACACAUCUGAUCACGUCCGUAAGUGUAUCCAACGCUAUUUUUACGGAAUAUCCACGACAAAAUAAUAAUAAUAAUAAUAUUAAUAGUCGUCGGUACGGCAAUCAAAUUAUUUAUUUCGAAUAAAAAACUGUAUACUAUUGUUUUGUAUCUUUAUAGGCGAUUGCGGGCGGCACCACGUAUCUCGUGAUACUGCUACAAUUCUCGACAAACUAUUGGUAAAAAAAAAAAAAAAAACGAAUUUACAAAACAUAAUUUAAAAAAUAAUAUUGUUUAUUAAAAAUGUAGUAUUAACGAAUAUAUAUAUGUACCGUUGACGUGACAUGAUAAUUGCGGAAUCAAAAAAUUAUUCAGUUUAGUUUACGCCGUCUGUCUCGCAAGUGACAUACAUAGCGGCGCAUUUACACGAUUGCGGCCCUCUGACGGUCCGACGGUCGAGUUUAGCACAAAG